AUGGACUCGUGGGUCGAUGCUGCCGCUCAGCGUCUGCGCCGUGACUUUGCGAGUGAUCGGUCGCUGUCUGUGUACGAGGCGCUGACAGCUCACGUUCUGGAUGCGGCUACAGGUGGUGCACUGUUUCUGGGCGGUGUCUCGGCGGCACAAGUGGCUCAGAAGCUGCUCCGCAUCGGCUCAGCCUCCGGAUUCCUGCUACCUCAGGCAGUAGGGGCUGCCGCAGUGGCCUCAUCCUCUAUUCUGGCGCUACAUUUUGCCUCCAUUCCACGCGAGGUUUACCAGGAACUGGCAGCACAGAGCCGACGCGCUAAUGAGCGGAGUUGGCUCGUACUCGGCGCACGCAACCUGAAGCCACCCACGGCCUGGAAACUGCUACAGACUAAAGUACAGGAGCGCUGGGAGGACCUCCCGCAGGCCCCAUACCCGGUAUACAUGGCCAUGGGAUUGAUGUGCUUUAAGCUACUAGGAGGCCGCAUGAGCGCACUGGCACCCUCGCCCUUCGUUAAUCUGGGGGCUUUCCACCUCAAAAAGGCAUCGCUGCCAGCCACGGUCGAGUACGCCACGAGUGUGGAAAGAGGAAUCAUCCAGGAGUUCGGACGACUCUUCGGUUGCCACACAUGCGGCGUCAAGCGCGGCGUGAGAUACCACGCAGACCACAUGCCGCCUAAAUUGGUGGCUAAACGCACAGAUGAGCAGUUGCUGCGGAAACUUUUGGGCCGGAAGACGACGUUCCGGUUUUACCCGCAAUGCGAGCCAUGCUCGAACCAGCAGGGGGCCGUAGUGAAGCAGUGGAAGUCGACGCUCAAGAUGCAUUUGCUGUCAUUCCGAGCGUACCAUGCUACCGGUUUGUGGCUAGUGCUCCUUUGCACUGGCGGUCUCUAUGUUGGUGGUUCGAACUUCCACGAGACGUCCGAGGUGUCUGCUCCGAUGGAUGAUUUGGGUGAAUCUAAAGCCUUUACGUCGUCCGAUUUCUCACUCCUGGUUUCCCUACGCGAGCGUGAGCGCAAGUUACGUCGAGAACGAAGCAAACUGAGCGAUCCGAGUCAGAUCGCUGCUCUUGAUAAGGAAAUGGAGGCAAUAACCGAGUGCAAGAUGGCCGUCAAAGCCGACAUCAAACGGCAGAAGGCCAACUAG